AUGGCUCGUUCCAGAGCUCCUUCGUCCUGCUUUGGAGCUAAAAAGCAAAGAUUAGAUGAGGAAUCAACAUCCCGAUCAUGUGUUACUCGUAAUGGCCUAAGCACACACGGGGUUGUUAGACGCGAAAUGUGUUACUUUUGUUUUGAUGUUCUUCACAAUCAUUUACAUAAUAUUGAACCUCCUCCUGCCCCCAAAACAUUUCCAAACAGCUCUUAUCCGCUUUUCGUGACAUGGACUUACGGAAAAGAAGAAAAACUGCGUGGAUGUAUUGGAACGUUUACCGCCUUGAAUAUCCAUAAUGGUCUUCGUGAAUACGCAAUCAACAGUGCUAUGAAGGACAGUCGUUUCUCACCAAUAACGGAAGAGGAGUUUCCUCAUCUCACAUGUUCUGUAUCCUUGUUGUUAAAUUUUGAGGAGGGUAAAAACUAUCAUGAUUGGCAGAUUGGUGUUCAUGGAAUUCGAAUUGAAUUCGUUAAUGAAAAGGGAUAUCAUCGUACUGCUACGUAUUUGCCUGAAGUUGCCUAUAAACAAGGUUGGAAUCAUUGUGAAACAAUUGAUUCACUUCUACGUAAAGGUGGUUAUCGUGGUACUAUCAAUGAAGCAUUUCGACAAUCUAUUCGUUUAACUAGAUAUCGUAGCGAAAAAUAUAGUGUUCAUGCAACAGAAUAUUUACGUGCUCGUCAAAAUGGUUAUCGUGUUUAA